AUGGCUAUUUCAACUGCAUCAUUACACAUUUCUCCAAGACAACAACCACUCAUUCUACAUGCAAGAACAAGUCCACCUGAUGAACAAGCAGCUAUUUUAUUAUUAAGAAUUUUUGGUAGAUAUUAUUUAAAUGUACAUAUAACACCAAUAUUAUAUAGACCUAUAAAUACACAAUCAGAUAAUGAUUUAUUAAUUGAACAAUGGAUUUUAUUUCGGAAUUAUUCAAAUAUAAGAGCAAAUAUUUUCUCUUUUCUUCUUAUUAUGAAAUCUACAAACAAAUAA